CGCGCCUGCUUAAAGGGGCCGCGUCCUGCAGGAGGAGAUGUUUCCCUCUGGGCUCCGCCUCUAGGAUGUUGGAGAACCGGGAAGAAGAGCUGACCACGGUGCGGGUGCAGGACCCGCGGGUGCAGAACGAGGGCUCCUGGAACUCCUACGUGGACUAUAAAAUCUUCCUGCACACCAACAGCAAGGCAUUUACUGCCAAGACCUCAUGCGUGCGGCGCCGCUACCGUGAAUUCGUGUGGCUGCGGAAGCAGCUCCAGAAGAACGCGGGCUUGGUGCCUGUCCCAGAGCUGCCUGGAAAAUCCACCUUCUUUGUGGGCAGCACAGAUGAGUUCAUUGAGAAGCGGAGACAGGGGCUGCAGCAGUUCCUGGAGAAGGUCGUGCAGAACGUGGUGCUGCUCUCCGACAGCCGCCUGCACCUCUUCCUGCAGAGCCAGCUGCCGGUGCCCGAGAUGGAGGCGUGCGUGCAGGGCCGGGGCGCGCUGACCGUCACCGAGGCCAUCCUGCACUACGCCAUGUCCCAGUGCGCCUGGGCGCAGCAGGGCGARCGCCGCCCCUCGCUGCCGCCGCCCGCGGAGCCGCGCGCCAGCGGCGCCGGCGCGGGCAGCUCGCAGCGGCCGAGCUGCCUCGAGCCCUUCCCUCCCUGGAGCGACUUCGGCAUGGAGGAGGACGCCCGCUCCGAGAGUCCGGAGGCGCCGGCGGAGCGCGAGACGCAGUGA